AUGGCGUUGACCAAAGGUGCAGGAACAAGAAGCUCACCGAUAGCGAUUGACGACUCUGAAGAAGAAGUAUUCCAGGAACUCUGCGACAAUUCAUCUCAAUCGUCCGCCUCACUUCGCUCAUCGCCAAACCAGGCUGGCGCUAAUAAACGAAAACGAGCCGACAGCAACGCAUCACAGAGUGCUCAAAUUUCUGGUCCUAGCCGCUCAUCACAAUCGCCACCUCCAUUAGGAGCCCGUCUUUCCACUCCAACGAUAAUAGAGAGUAAGAAAGCCAGAAAGCGACGCCGCAAACAGGAACGUAAGCAACAAGAAACGCAGGAACGGCUGCAGACUCUUCAUGCUCAUCCUUCUCUGCCCAUUCCUAUUUGGCAUGGACCACGACCUACUUAUUACUCCCCUAUGGCGAACUUGACAAUGGGAUCUGGUGGCUCCACCAGCGUCCAAUUUCAGAGCUACUCUGACCUUCUCCACCCUCUCCCACCUUUACCGGUUCCGUUUAUGGCUCAGGCAGCGGAAUCCACCGCCCAUAGCCAGGGCCAAAAUCAGGAACUUGAAAAACAAACCCCAGCGUUUCUCCCUCCCCCUCCAAUUACCACUUCCAGCAUAACAUACCCCACCGAGCUGACAUCCACGAGUCAAACAAGUCCCGUACAUGCUCUUCCUCCAAAACCACCACCAGAAGUAACUCAGAUAAUUGGAAUGAAACCCGACCAAGAUCCUAAUAGCAAGCAUGGUACCUUUUACAUUCCUGUUCCAACACAGAAUGCGGGGAUCACUCCGAAGAGGAAAUUCUAUCAACCUAACCCAGCGUGUACACUCGUCAUGGAACAACUUCCCAAGACUCACCGUACUACUGAAUUCAUCAACAAGUGGAGCAAGGGGGCUUGUGAUGCCCAUCCAGUUCAUCUGUCAAUCGAUGGACAAGGUGGGAAAGCUUUGAUUGAGUUUGCCACAGCCGAACAAGCGCGCAAAGCUUGGGGAAGCCGCAAAUUAGGCUCGGCCUAUGCGGGAUUGAAGUCCCAUCAGCUGAAAGGUAAGCCAAGGGAGGACCUUAUUAAGGUGUGGUGGUAUCGUGUUGAUGGCGUGGGUGCCGGCUCAGGUGUCGGGGAAAUCGAAGAGGGAGAGAUCGAAGGGGACGCAGCGGUGAAGGAGCUUGACAUGCUACCAAAAAAGGAAACUAAAAAAGAGAAGAAGGCUCGGCAGGCCAAGGAGAGGGAGCAGAAGAAGAUCAAGCUGCAGGAAACGCAGGUUGGGGUGUCGCAUGCUCAGGGCGAUCCUCGUCCGGUCAUGCCUACCCCCUUCUUCAAUUCUCAUCAAGCACCUAUAAUGAACGCUGGUCUACCAACAACGGUGAAUCAUAGGAUCCUUCCGACAAAACCCUCACCUUCCGUAUUACAACCUCCUUCUCUACCCCACCGCCCUCCGGCUUGGAACCCUUUGCUUCAACCGACCAAUGGCUUUGGGGUCUAUUCUGACAAGGCAUCAUAUGGGUCGUCUUCAUUACCCGAUGUGAAUGGGUGUGACACGGAAUCCAUCGCUUCUUCUAGGGGUGGUUCCAUCCCUCCUGCUCGGGCUGAAUACCAAGCAGCAUCUAACCUUGGUACUGAGGACAUGGAGAUCGAUGAUGGUGACAUGAAUCUCGCCUCCCCUUCAUUUGACGAAACUCCCGUUGCGUCAGGAUCUUCGAGUUCACUCCCACCUUCUGCACACCAUCCGCCUAGAUCUUAUCUACCAGCUGCACCUCCUAGCCAAUCUGCCAUAAAAGCGAACCAGAAGAUUUGGAAAUCAACUCCAGUUCCUGCUUGGAACGGGUCUGUGAUGCCCACCUCACUUCGCGCACCACCACUUUCAUCAACGAAUUCCUCAACUUCUAGUACGACUCCCAAUCAAGCUCCUUCUGAGCCACGGGCGAUGAAGAACCCACCUACCGAGCCAAGUUAUGUGAAGCGUCUCCAAUCAAGACAAAGGGAUCUGGAAGAGAGAAUAGCCAAGGGCAAGUUGGAGUUGGAACAGACAUUGGCUAACAAGGUUUCUGGCGAAACCCCACAUCCGCCUACAUCUGUCACUCCCAUGUUUCGGAACGCCAGCCCAAUGACUGAGCAAACGUCUUCCCUCGAAAACAAGCAAGCAAUGGAAGAUUCAUUGAGAACAUUGGUGUUGCAAAGCCAGAGGGCAAGAACUAAAACUGCUGUGCCCAAUCUUCCCACAAACAAACAAUUGCCUGCUGUGCCAACUACCGAGCCUCAGUCCCAGCAGAUUGCUGUACCCUCUCCCCCGACAGACUCACGAAAUUCUCCUUUCCCAAGUUUUUCGAUGACCUCUCACAGCUUUUCCCUCGACGACCUAGCUGUUUCGUUUAUCACCCAGACCAUCGAAACACUAAAACCUCAAUAUCAAGAUUCUGCACCGCCACCACCACCACCAUCCCGUGUAGACGUCAAGACAGGACUUGCUGCGAAACAAAGGCGUCUUGAACAACAGAUUGCGGAAAGCAAAGAAUUGAUGGCCCAAUUCGCUGGAGCACGCACAAAGCAGGAGAGAGACAGCAUUAUGGCGCUGCUAAAAGAAAAGAGCCGGUCAAUGGAGCCAGAAAAUGAAGCAUCAUCAACCGUUUCAUCUUCGGCCUCAUCGGCUGUUGGAUCGAGCACACCUCCUGCAGUCCUUGCGAGGGAACCAUCGAAAUCCAGAUGGCCGACGAAGAUUAGCUCAAAAAUUUUUGGUCCCUUUGAAUGUUCUCAAUUGGAUCCAGGGGGCGAGGCUGAAGAUCGAUUUUUUUCCCCCGGAAGUAACUUGUAUAUUUGUUCGUCAUCUAGAUAUCCUGAAUAACAGCCUAGGGAGGGUGCAUCUUUACGCUCCUUCUUAUGGACUGAUCUUGGUUCUUGAUGAGUAGUAGGGAUUAGGAAUGUGCACCACCAUAUGGCAGCCGUAAGUAUGGGGUGGAUGUAUGGGGAUUAAAAUCUUGAGGAGAAGUUUAGUCGAGGAUGCUGUUGCGCGGUUUGACGAGUCCCGGAAGAUUGUAUCGAUGUCAUCUUUUCGGGACCUACGAGCUGUUCUGACCCCCAUAGGUCAGCAGAGCUAAAUGGUCCCCAGAAAAUAUAUUUAUUCUUUUGGAUUGCAA